AUGCGUCUUCAAUGCGCCGCAGUAUUGGUGGCCCUACUCGCAUGCGUCGUUGGUGUCUCUCUGGCCAAGAAACCAGAAACGACGGAAGUGGGUCCGUUCGCUACGACUGGCAGCGGUAUUAUAACAGGAAAGCUGCUCAAAUCGAGCGUCACCAACGCUGAAGGCGAUGAAGAAAGACUGACGGGUCUCGAGAAACUCACCAAGGUUAUCGAGUCGGUGAAAUUAAAAUACAAGGAGAGUAGCCAGUUAGAUUCCUGGCCGACGGAGAGGUAA